AUGCUUGUGCAGUCGCCACCUUCUCCUACGCCGCCUCAAUCCUCUCGUGCCGGUCGCUCGCAACGCGGCGGCCGGCGCAAUCAGGCUUCUGGUCGUGGUGGUGGUCGGCAUGGGUACACCCCUCCAGCUCCGGGUGAGACGUGUCAGCUUUGCGGCAUCUUGAAUCACACGGCCGCCACUUGUCGACGCCGUUUUGAUACUAAUUUUGUUCCUCGACCCCCUGCCGUUCGGUCGGCUGCUUAUGCCCAGGCAGGUUCUCCUGCACCGCCUUCAGCUGCCGCAAAACUAAUGGAAGAGGAUUCUACCACAAAUAUCUGUGACAGACCAAGAACUUGUGGAAAUGACAUUCUUCCCGUGGUGAAUGAGGCAUGCAGAGUAGCCGAAGAAGGAAUAACAGUUUGUUCAUCAGAUAUCGACAUUGCAUCUGUGCAUGGGAUGAAGUUUCCUUCAUAUUAUGGAGGCAUCUUGUUCUGUGCUGAUUCAUAUGGUGCUGAGUACAUAUGUUCAAAGCUAAGAACUUGGUGGUCUGAUCAGGUGCAUCUGUUUUUCAAGCCAUCCACUUGCUUGGAGCUAAAGGCUGCAAAAGGCCUCUCACUGGCAAAUGCAUCACUUUAA